AUAAGAAAUCUGCAGUUUUUUGGGCGAGGGGGUUUGGUGAGAGAAGAAAAGAGUUGCAGGUGGUGGGAGUGAAAGGGGCAGUUGGUUCUUCUCAGGCGUAAGAAUAGUGCGCCACGAUGCAGACCAUGGUCAUUGGCAAAGAUACAUAAGAACCAUGGUCAUCAGAAAGCUGAAUGAAGAGAUAAUGUUGUACAGCCUUGUUUUUUCUUUUGAUUUUGCCCUGAUGUGCACAUUGGCGGCCAUUGGGUUGGGCACUCUCUGUUUCAUCGUCCGUACAAAGAAGUUCUUCAAUUUAACGGCUACGAAGAUUGAGAGAAAAUACUGCGGUUUUGCCACAGAAGAGCAGAGUCAGAAGGGGAAAUCUGACCAUCUGGAUGUUGAUUUCUGGAAUCUGAUUCGUUGCUUUCCGAUUUUUGAUUUUUUGGAUUGGAGAGAGAAAGCGAAGAAGAUGAGUGGAUGGGAUCGGUUCAAGCCAUCGAGAUCGAGGCUGGGUCGAAAUCCGACUAACAUGGACCAACGGACCGUGCCGCGCACCGUCACGCUCGGACGGGUUCAGCCGCAAGCGCCUUCUCAUCGCACCAUCUACUGCAACGACCGUGAUGCCAAUCUUGUUCUCCGAUUCAAGGGGAACUCAAUAUCAACUACCAAGUACAACUUUUUUUCCUUUCUACCGAAGGGCCUGUAUGAACAGUUCAGACGGGUAGCAAACUUGUACUUUCUUAUGGUCUCAAUUUUAUCAGCAACACCUUAUAGUCCUGUGCAUCCAAUAACAAAUGUGGUCCCCUUGAGUUUGGUGCUGUUAGUCUCUCUCAUUAAAGAAGCCUUUGAGGAUUGGAAGCGUUUGCAGAACGAUAUGACAAUAAAUAACACUCUUGUAGAUGUGUUGCAAGAUCAAAGGUGGGAGUGUAUUCCCUGGAAAAGGUUGCAGGUUGGAGAUAUUGUAAGGGUUAAGCAAGACGGGUUUUUUCCUGCAGAUUUGCUUUUACUUGCUAGUACAAACCCAGAUGGUAUCUGCUAUGUUGAGACUGCAAAUUUGGAUGGGGAAACCAAUUUGAAAAUCAGAAAGGCACUGGAAAGGACUUGGGAUUACUUGACUUCUGAGAAAGCCUUUGAAUUCAAAGGUGAAGUGCAAUGCGAGCAACCAAACAACUCACUGUACACUUUUACUGGCAAUCUUGUUAUGGAGAAUCAAACAUUGCCUCUUUCUCCUAAUCAACUUUUGCUGAGAGGUUGCAGUCUGAAGAACACUCAGUACAUAGUUGGGGCUGUUAUUUUCACUGGUCAUGAAACAAAGGUUAUGAUGAAUUCCAUGAAUGUCCCUUCAAAAAGAAGUACAUUAGAGAGGAAACUUGACAAACUUAUACUUGCUCUUUUUUGCACUCUCUUCAGUAUGUGUCUGAUUGGAGCAAUAGGCAGCGGUGUUUUCAUAAACAAAAAGUAUUACUUUUUGGGUCUUGAUAAAGGUGUGGAAGAUCAAUUCAACCCUAAUAACCGGUUUCUGGUAGCACUUUUGACAAUGUUAACUCUACUUACUUUAUACUCAACAAUUAUCCCAAUAUCUCUAUAUGUAUCUAUUGAGAUGAUCAAGUUUAUCCAGUCCACUCAAUUUAUCAACAGGGAUAUAAACAUGUACCAUGCUGAAACUAACACCCCUGCACUGGCUAGGACUUCCAACUUGAAUGAGGAACUCGGGCAGGUAGAAUACAUAUUUUCUGAUAAAACUGGAACUUUGACAAGAAACUUAAUGGAGUUCUUUAAGUGCUCAAUUGGAGGGGAAAUGUAUGGAACUGGGAUUACUGAAAUAGAAAGGGGAAUUGCAGAACAAAAUGGAAUUAAACUACAGGAACAAAAAUUGACCAAUGCAGUGCAUGAAAAGGGUUUUAAUUUUGUUGAUGAGAGGCUUAUGCGAGGAGCUUGGAGAAAUGAAGUCAAUGCUGAUGCUUGCAAGGAAUUUUUCAGAUGUCUUGCAAUAUGUCACACUGUACUUCCAGAAGGUGAUGUGUCCCCUGAAAAGAUCAAAUAUCAAGCUGCAUCACCAGAUGAGGCUGCUUUGGUUAUUGCUGCAAAGAACUUUGGUUUCUUCUUUUACAGGCGUACACCUACUGCAAUUUAUGUUCGUGAAUCUCAUGUCGAGAGGAUGGGAAAGGUCCAAGAUGUUUCUUACGAGAUUUUGAAUGUCCUUGAGUUCAAUAGUACAAGGAAGCGCCAAUCUGUUGUAUGUCGUUACCCAGAUGGCAGGCUGGUAUUGUACUGUAAGGGUGCUGAUACUGUAAUUUUUGAACGAUUGACUGUUGGAAACGAUAAUUUGAGGAAAGUGACAAGAGAACACUUGGAAAAUUUUGGAGCUUCUGGACUGCGCACCCUCUGCUUGGCCUAUAGAGAUUUAGUUCCUGAUGUGUAUGAAAGCUGGAAUGAGAAAUUUAUUCAUGCUAAAUCAUCUCUUCGGGAUCGUGAGAAAAAGUUGGAUGAGGUUGCAGAACUCAUAGAAAAGGACCUUAUUUUGAUUGGUGCUACUGCCAUAGAAGACAAACUUCAAGAGGGAGUGCCAAAUUGCAUAGAGACUCUUUCCAGAGCUGGUAUCAAGAUUUGGGUGUUAACAGGGGAUAAGAUAGAAACAGCGAUAAAUAUUGCUUAUGCAUGCAACUUAAUGAACAAUGAGAUGAAACAGUUUAUCAUAAGCUCGGAAACUGAUGCAAUUAGAGAAGUUGAAGAGCGGGGGAACCAGGUAGAAAUUGCACGCUCUAUCAAGGAAGAAGUUAAAAACAAGCUAAAGAAGUGCAUUGAUGAAGCACAACAGUAUUUUCACAAUGUUUCUGGACCAAAAUUAGCGCUUGUAAUAGAUGGAAAAUGUUUGAUGUAUGCAUUGGACCCAAGUUUACGAGCAAUGCUUCUCACUUUGAGCUUGAACUGUGCUUCAGUUGUUUGCUGUCGAGUCUCCCCUUUGCAGAAAGCACAGGUAACAAGUCUGGUUAAGAAAGGUGCACGAAAAAUUACCCUUAGCAUUGGUGAUGGUGCCAAUGAUGUUAGCAUGAUUCAAGCUGCUCAUAUUGGUGUUGGAAUAAGUGGGCUUGAAGGGAUGCAAGCUGUGAUGGCUAGUGAUUUUGCAAUUGCUCAGUUUCGCUUCCUCAAGGACCUACUUCUUGUGCAUGGACGUUGGUCAUAUCUCAGAAUAUGCAAGGUCGUGAUGUAUUUCUUUUACAAAAAUCUCACAUUUACCUUGACGCAAUUUUGGUUCACCUUUUAUACUGGAUUUUCGGGUCAAAGAUUCUACGAUGAUUGGUUCCAGUCAUUGUUCAAUGUCAUUUUUACAUCGUUCCCUGUGAUUAUUCUUGGACUUUUUGAGAAGGAUGUCAGUGCAGCUCUUUCAAAAAGGUACCCUGAACUAUACAAAGAGGGAAUAAGAAAUGCCUUCUUCAAAUGGAGAGUUGUAGCAACAUGGGCCUUCUUUGCUGUCUAUCAAUCCCUUGUCUUUUAUCACUUUGUCAACACUUCUAGUUAUGCUGCUGAAAGUUCAUCUGGCAAAAUGUUUGGGCUUUGGGAUGUCAGCACAAUGACCUUUACUUGUAUUGUAGUAACUGUCAACUUGCGUCUUCUCAUGAUGUGUAACUCAAUCACAAGAUGGCAUUAUAUUGGCGUUGGAGGAAGCAUUGUAGCGUGGUUCCUUUUUAUCUUUUUAUAUUCAGGCCUUAUGACUAAACAUGAUCGCCAGGAGAAUAUCUAUUGGGCCAUAUAUAUCUUAAUGAGUACAGCUUACUUUUAUGUUGCUCUUCUUCUCAUUCCUGUUGCUGCACUUCUUGUUGACUUCAUUUACCAAGGGGUUCAAAGAUGGUUCUUCCCCUACGAUUAUCAGAUUGUACAGGAAAUACACAGGCAUGAACCUGAAGAUAGCAGAACAGACUUACUGGAAAUCGAAAACAAUCUUACACCUGAGGAAGCAAGAAGCUAUGCUUUAUCUCAAUUGCCACGGGAGUUAUCGAAACACACUGGUUUUGCAUUUGACUCACCUGGGUACGAGUCAUUUUUUGCCUCACAGCGAGGUAUAUUUGCACCCCAUAAGGCUUGGGAUGUUGCUAAAAGAGCCAGUAUGAAGUCAAAGCCAAAGGUAUCUAAAAAGGAAAAACAUUGACACAAAUAAAAGUUAGUGUACAAAUGUUAUUUUUAACUCCCCAUUUUUGAUAGUACAACCUUUAGAGUGAUAAGAGUUGGGGAGAUGUAAAAUUAGAUAUUGCUCUGUUAGUGUUUUUCUUUAAAUUUUGGUUCCACCUUAUAGCUUAUUUUCUCCUCUUGAGGAGCCGUAAUGAGUUGCCAGGUUUCCACAGAUGCACAGCUACAUCACCACAUUCUAGACUUAAAUCAAAAGUUCAUUUUCCAAUCGCAAGCUGAAAAGCUGUUUAUAUAAUGUAGAAAAAUUGUCAUUGAUGACCAUUCAUCUCGCAUACAGUCUUCUUAAGAGAGUGAAAAAACUUCCCAAAUCUUU